GAGGCAGCAGUGGCGCAUCUCACAUAUCCGCCGCUGGAAUAUAACGGCUGCUGUAGGAUGUGAACAAUUUUCGGCCCCGUCUCCGGCCAAAGCAUCUGUUUUCCCAUGACAAGCAGAUGCGAGAAGAGAGAGAGAGCGCGCGAGUGAGUGGACGGUACAGAGGAGCGGAGAGAUAAUCGGUAUUAUUAUGAGAAAAGAGGACGAGGUUGUCGGAGCCGUAUUUGUUUUGCUCGCGGAGAUGAGGCGGGGGGUAGCGAGUCGCUACAAAAUCGUUGGGCUCCGGCCAAGCACUACUUGGUUUUAGCAUAUAUAUAUAUAUAUAUAUAUAUCCCGCCGCGCGUACGUUUUCAUCGACAAAAAUACCCUUUAGAUCGUUACGGUUUGCAUAACAGAAAAAUAAUGCAGCUGUCUCGAGGACAUCUGUGAGAUUUGCUGUUGCCGCUGCCAUGACAGACGCAGGCUUUCCAGCUCCACCGGUCACCGAGCAGGCGGUGUGAGAGAAGCACGGCCCCAGCUGCAGCAGCACGGCCGAUGUGGGCUGCCUUUACCGGGGGAGAAUAAAUCUGUAAAUACUGUUCGGGUUAUUCAUCUCUAAUCGUUUGCAAUCUCAGGGAAAAUGUCCUCUCGGUCUGCUUUACCGUCUACGAACGACCGGAGCACAGAUCAUCAUGCAUCUCUGGUGGCGAGUCGUUCAGAGAAGGGGACGAAUGUGUCGAGUCGUUCACUGGGUCCAAGAUGUCGUAACUCCAUGGCCUCUUGCUCAGACGAGCUGCCACACAUUGGAAACUAUUGGCUUGUUAAAACCAUUGGCAAGGGAAACUUUGCUAAAGUCAAACUAGCUCGCCACAUCCUCACAGGCAAAGAGGUUGCAAUAAAGAUUAUCGACAAAACUCAAUUGAACCCAACCAGCCUACAAAAGCUGUUCAGAGAAGUGAGGAUCAUGAAGAACCUCCGUCACCCCAAUAUUGUGCAACUCUUCGAGGUGAUUGAAACAGAGAAAUCGCUUUAUCUUGUGAUGGAAUAUGCAAGUGGAGGUGAGGUGUUUGAUUACCUGGUGUCUCAUGGGAGAAUGAAAGAGAUUGAGGCUAGAGCCAAAUUCAGACAGAUUGUGUCAGCUGUUCAUUACUGUCAUCAGAAGAAUAUAGUUCACAGAGAUCUGAAGGCAGAGAAUUUGCUGUUGGAUGCAGAUGCUAAUAUAAAGAUAGCAGACUUUGGCUUUAGUAAUGAGUUUACAUUGGGGAAUAAGUUGGACACGUUCUGUGGUUCCCCGCCUUACGCAGCCCCAGAGCUCUUUCAAGGCAAAAAGUAUGAUGGGCCAGAGGUAGACAUCUGGAGUCUGGGGGUCAUCCUUUACACGCUGGUCAGCGGGUCUCUGCCUUUUGAUGGACAGAACCUCAAGGAGCUGCGUGAGCGAGUGUUGAGGGGGAAGUAUCGUGUGCCCUUCUACAUGUCCACAGACUGUGAGGGGAUUCUGCGCAGGUUCCUUGUGCUCAAUCCCAGCAAACGUUGCACUCUAGAGCAAGUGAUGAAGGAUAAGUGGAUGAAUGCAGGGUAUGAGAGUGAUGAGCUAAAGCCUCAUAUUGAGCCAGCGGAGGACUACAGUGACCCCAACCGCAUAGAGAUUAUGGUCGGGAUGGGUUUUACCACAGAAGAGAUUAAGGACUCUUUACUAAAUCAGAAAUAUAAUGAAGUCACGGCUACAUAUCUACUGUUGGGCCUGAAGACUGAGGAUGGCGCUGAGUCACGAGUUAGUGGCAAUAUGACGUUGCCACGGGUGCGUCCAAGCCCAAUUACCAACGGAACCAACAAACCCUCCCCCUCUUCAUCAUCUUCUUCAUCAUCACACAGCAAGACUCAACGCAGCGCUUCUACCUACCAUCGCCAGCGACGGCACAGUGACUUCUGUGGUCCCAGCAUGCCUGUGAUGCACCCUAAGCGUAGCCCGACCAGUGGUGGAGACCGUGAGUUGCGUGAGAGCCGCAUGCCGCCGAGGAAGGCCAGCUGCAGCGUAAUGGGCAGUCGGACCCUCCCCCCAUCUAGUCCAAUGGUCAGCACCGCCAACAACCCAAACAAGGCGGAGAUACCUGACCGACGCAAGGAGAUGACUGCCACCACUAAUAAUAUCCCAGGAAGUACUAUGACACGCAGGAACACGUAUGUAUGUACAGAUCGUUCUAGCACUGACCGACAAUCGCUGCUGCAGAACGGCAAAGACAACAGCUCUCUGUCUCACCGUCUCCCCCCCACCUCUCCGUCCACUCUCAGUAUUGUGGGAGCAGGAGCCUCCUCCUCUUCUUCCUCAGGUGAGCGCUGUCGGCUGACACGUGGUUCCACCAUCCGGAGCACCUUCCACGGUGGUCAACUCCGUGACCGUGUACCACCUACGUAUGGACCUCCACCCACAUCUCCCACUCUCAGCCAUGACGCUGGAGCCCUGCCACCCAACGCCCGCAGCCGGGCCACUUCUAACUUGUUCAGCAAACUCACCUCCAAACUCACACGCAGGGUCAAUCUUGACCCUUCUAAACGGCAAGGCUCUAAUAAAUCAGUGUCGGGUUGUACUCUUCCACAGGGAUCCAAAACAGUUAGUAAGGUCACAAAUGAAUCUGAGGGAGUCUGCAGAUCUUCGGUCACAGGUGGCCAUUUAUCUGGGGAUCAGAAAGCGUCCAAGCCCUGGGGCGGGAGAGGGGGCUGGGAUGUAAGUAGUCAUCUCUCCCGUCCCCCCCGGGCCCCUGCAGAAGUGGUACUGGCCUUGCGUGAGGCAGCCAGGGGGUGUGGCUGCCAGGUCCGGCACGCUGGCCCGUUUCUGCUGUGUUGCAGUCAUGGGGUGGCAGGGUCAAUGGUCGCAUUCCAAGCUGAGGUGUGCCAACUAAGUGUGGGUCCUGCAGAGGCAAAUGGAGUACGCUACACACGCCUGUGGGGGGCCCCCCUCGCCUUCAGGCACAUCGCAUCGCAGAUCUCUAAAGAGGUGGAGCUCUGAGGGGACAGGGGUGGAGACUUAACUCAGAUACGCCCCCUCACUAUAUCAGUUGUUAAAGCGAACUGACUUUGACCUGCCCACCUAUUUGUAACAAACUUAAAGCAACAUCUGCUCCCUCCUCCAGUCAAGAUUCAACAUACACCAAAACUUCAAACACACACACACAUACGCAAACACAGUCACGUUAAAGGCACGGAGCACUAAUAUCCCUGACAUGUGUAAAUCUAAAAAAAACAAGAACAUCCCAUCAUGCGCAACAUAAACAGGAGUGCUUCUUAACAUGGAUACACACAAAUGCACACACACACUCUGAGCAGCCUCAUUCACUGGAUCUGGAUUGAAUCCAGUUUAGUAUUUUUAUUCUCAUUCUAGUCAUACAAUUUUUACUUCAAUAAUUGAUGUCAUUCUUUUUUUAACCACUUUUGUAUGUUUUCAAGUCUUGACAUUUUAAACGGGUCAUAAUGUUUUAUGUUUUUGUGAUUAUUGUGUCUUACAUUUGUUAUUACAGAGUCAUAAUCUCAUUGAAUCACUGAAAAUGUAGAACUGUAGCUGCCAAUGAACUAUAUGCACAAAUAUGAAGUUGGCAAACGUAUCCUAUCAUCAUAACUCACAGUGCCCACACAAAUCUAAAUCAGAUUUGCUGGUGACCACAAACUUGAUGAGGCUAUAAGCCAACCAAUCACAGACUCAUCGUGGAACACACUACACUUUGUUCUUAAAAUUGUCCAAGCAGGAUUUUGUUCCUUAGAAAAUGUGUUAUUCUGAUGUAUAGUGCCAGUUUACGUAUUACCUACCGCUGAUUAGUUUAUUAUCCAGAUAUAGAAAAGAGACAUUAAAUGCCAAAUGACUUUGCCUGACCAUUUUCAAACAGGCUCUCUGAUCAGUUGAUAUUCCUUUUUUUUUUUUUUUCUUUUUUUUUUUUGAUGAUGACUCCUGUUCCAUGAUCCCUUGCAAUUAGAGUUACCUAUCCCUUUAUCCAAUCAGAGUGGUGUUAAGGUUUCAGAGCAUAUGAUUUAGGUUUGUAUCUAAGCAAUCAGUGUUAAAGACACACGUCCUGCAUUGUAGAUAUCUGAAACGUUUUCACGCCUAGAAAAAACACCUUUCCUAUUGGAUAUUAUUCAAUUGUCGAACCCAUCUUAAUGUAAUUUUUUAACUAUAUUUUAAGUGUAACAUUUAAGAAUUAAGAAGUAAUGAUCAAUGUGUUCAAUGGAGAAUCGUGGUCUUUAUAACAAAAAACUAAACAAAAAAAGUUUCCCUGCACCUCCAGCAGGAUAUCAGCAUAGUGAUUGCCAACUUUGUCAGUUAUUAUAAAUUCAACAGUUAAUUCAGACAAUUCAGUGCUUUUUUCCAGGGAUUUAAAUGAUUAUAUUUGUAUUGAAAAAAAUAUUUUGAUCCCUUAACCAACAAUCAGAUACUGUACCUCAAUGCACCAUAUAUCUACAAUGCAGGAGUGCCGGAAAUUGUUUAGUUCUCUUACUGCUGAAUAGAUUCUGGGGGGCAAGUGCACCAACAGGGCUUAGAAAAGAGUGUAUAUGUGUUGUAUGAGGCAAGUUUGCAAGCUUACUUUAAAUAAGUUGGCUAAUAAUUCUCCUAACAAUGCUAUGUAACAUGAACAGAGUUGCAAUUUAAGAAUAGACCAUUCGCUUUCUGUCCAGCAUUCUAUCUGACAUGACAAUUAUUCAUGGACUGGUCAUGUGUUAUCUGGAUCAUGAUGGCUUUUGGAGCCCUCCGCUACAAGCAUGUUAUUAUAAACAUAAUGAUUUUAUGUGCAGGUCUGGCACCUGAAUUUAAGGUAUAUGCUGCUUUUUAUUAUUUUUUAUGGGCAGAAUAAGGUUUAAUGAGCUCACCUGUUCCUUCUUUAAAAUAAUGCACUUUGCUUGCUUUUUAAAACUAGUUUUGGUCAUUUGUUGUGCAAUUGUGUUAAUUGUCAAUUUGCCAAGCAUAAAACUUACAAGUAAAUUUACAAUUUAAUGGAUCAAAAAUUUAAUUAUUAGUGGUGGUAAUGGUGCAAUAGCAAUAGGUUACUGUUACUGUUUUGUCUACAAGUCUGUUUUCUGUUUAAAGCCAUGCUUUGGCCCUGUUGGUGCUGCCAGCCCAUGACCAGUAAGAUACUGCAGAAUUACACAGAUUUCCGGUCAGGAAGCGUACAGCAAUGCAUUAAGGUGUACAGGAUUGUUCUUGCUAGUUCAGUGAUUUUCUAUGUUGCACUCAGCAAUGUUUUGUUGGUGUGUGAGAGACCCUUUGAUUGGCUGAGGUGGUCACUGUGCUGUCAUGUGUGAAGUAUUUCAUAGAUACUGAAAGAUUACUUGUUGACAUUCUCCAUGCUCAUAAUGGCAUUUCUCUCUGUUCUCGAGAGGGUUUUAAAUUGGGUCGAGGUUCUAGUUUAUGGUGUGGACAACAAGGUUGGUUCUUGCUUUUGAUGGUUUAGACUGCAGCAAGUAUGUCGAAGGCUGACCAAGAGUCACAAUUAGUUUUAGAGUUGACUGACUCCAACUUGUUUCACGGUGGCGCUUCCCUUCAGCCCUCCAUCCCUGCACUUCCGCCAUCUCUUCAUGCAUCCUCUCACUGAUCCACUUUUUUGUUGUCUCGUUCAGUUUAUUCUCUUCCUUUGUGCUACACGUUCAGAAAGACACCCAGUUCCUUCUCGUUUGAUUGCUGCAAAUAUUUGUCAUUGUUCUAUCUGCUCUGUGAUUGGACUCCUGUUGUGGAGACACUUCUUGUUUCAAACUGAACAGAGUGCAGGUCCUGGACCAGUCUGACUCUGUCUGGUUUGGACUGCUGAGAUUUGUAUCUGUUAGAUGUCCAUUACGACCUCUGUGCACUCAUGUUGACUUGAAUCAGCUGCAUCCUACGGCUCUGUGGGUAGCACCCAUGUUUGGCCACCGGAGGGCGCCAAUGUCUUAAAUGUGAACACUUCGAUUUGUGUAUAUUUGCACAGGUACUUAAUUUAUUUUCUAGAGUAAUUAUCUUGGGAGAAAAAAAAAUACAUGGUUUAUAUCAGUCAGACUCUGGCUGUAUAUAAGAUAAUGAUACUGAUGAUAAUAUUGUGAGUAUAGUAUAUACAGUAUCUUAGAACUCCAGGUUAACUCAUAUCUAGAGCAGAGACCCUCUGCUAGCUCUCCAGAUAUUUCUAUGUGUGCUGAACUGAAACACUAACCUGCAAUCCUGCAUGAUAUGGAGAAAGCGAGAGAGAAGAUUCAUGCAAAUAACAGAAAGAGCGAAAGAAUAAAAGGGGGAGAGAGUGUGUGUUUGCUGGUUUGCGGAUGAGUGUGCAUGAAUGUGCAAGAGCAUUAGCCCUAGUCUACUAUUCUGUUUUCCUGGCACCAUCUCUCUCUUCCUCUCUCUCUCUCUCUCCUGGGAGAAAAUAUUUGUGUGGGCAGACCUUUGCCUUGGCAGCCAUACUUGACCUGGAGUGAAAGUGUGUUGGUAUGAAUGAGCUUUUUAUUUGUCAUUAAGGCAUUAAAAAGAGUAUUAUAUCAUCAAGUGAGGGAAUUUUGAGUCUGUGUGGUGUGUGUGUGUCCUGUCUGAAUGGUAAGCUCCCUCCAGUGCUGUGCUUUCUGUGACGUAAACUCUCAGCUAUGACACUGGAUUUCUCAUGAUGCAUUUAGCUAAUAUGCAAUAUGAUAGAGAGAAGUUAGGUGUACAAACUGUGUAUAUGAGAGAGAGAGACAGAGAGAUUAAAUUCUUGAUGCUGCAGAAAGUGAUUUUUUUUUCUUUCUUUUUUUUUUCUCAGAGUUCUUUGCACCUCUGGCCAAAUAUUAAAAUGGAAACAAAAGAUCUUGAGAGGAAUAAAGUUUACUGAUGUUGGCA